GAGGCAGGCUCCGGGGCGCAGGCGCAGUUGAGGGGUAGGGUGGCCGUAGGGAUGCGGGUGAGCGGCGCGCUUUUCUCGGCUUGGCUGGGCUUACAGCUCGGCCUGUCGCAGGGAAUCUACUUCCACAUCGGCGAGACCGAGAAAAAAUGCUUCAUAGAGGAGAUUCCCGACGAGACCAUGGUGAUCGGUAACUACCGGACUCAACUAUGGGAUAAGCAGUUGGAAACCUUUCUGCCCUCAACUCCAGGACUGGGAAUGCACGUUGAAGUGCGCGAUCCUGAUAUGAAGGUGAUCCUGUCCCGACAGUAUGGCUCUGAAGGACGAUUCACCUUCACCUCUCACACUCCAGGUGAGCAUCAGAUCUGCCUCCACUCCAACUCAACAAAGAUGUCAUUAUUUGCAGGUGGCAAGCUGCGAGUGCACCUUGAUAUCCAAGUGGGGGAGCAUGCCAAUAAUUAUCCAGAAAUUGCAGCAAAGGAUAAAUUGACAGAACUACAGCUACGAGUUCGACAGUUGCUGGACCAGGUUGAGCAGAUUCAGAAAGAACAGAACUAUCAAAGGUAUCGGGAAGAGCGAUUCCGGCUGACAAGUGAAAGCACGAACCAGCGUGUGCUGUGGUGGUCAAUUGCGCAGACAAUUAUUCUGAUCCUAACUGGGAUCUGGCAGAUGAAGCACCUGAAGAGCUUCUUUGAGGCAAAGAAACUGGUGUAGACAAUUGCCAGCUGUCACAAUUGCAAGAACAUGACAGCAAAACUCAAUCCCCUGUCUUCGCUGACCUGCAAUACAAUGUGACUUUAUACAUGUGGUACUAAAAGCUCCUCUGGAAAGUUUAGGAGGCAAAGGUUUGGUUACUUUUAAAAUGGUUACAGGUUGUAAAACAAUUGGUGCAAGGGUCCCCCGGUGUGUGAAGAAAUGUUAGUUUGUAGUUAACUGUGAUUGUAGAUUAUAAGUUCCUUCCAAAGAGACUGCUUUCCUCAUUGUGUUUUGGAUCUGAGCAAGCCUUCUGUGGAAUUCAGCCAUCCCAAAGAGUUCUUUGCAUUUUGCCAAAAUUUUCAUAGAAUGCCAACUUGGGUUUCCACAAAGUGCAAAGUUUGUGUUUUUUUUUGUCAGGUACAACACAGUUCAUGCUGAGAAAUCAGGCCAAACUGCUGCUUAUAUUUGUCACUUGUGAGAGCCCAGACACAUUUCCCUUCUGCUCUUAAAUUAUAACUUUGGGUAAUUCUUCUGGGUUCUCGAAACAAGUCGCAAAGGCAAACAGAGUAAAGAAACAGUUGGAAAUGUACUGAAGGGAGAAAAUUUUCACAUUCACUUCUCAGCAGAAUCCCUUGUACCCAAAAAUAUUUUACUCUGCACAAGGCACCCCAGUUGUAAUCCUUGAAUUAUUUCUGGCCUAAGGGUCAUCUCGUUGUGACAGGUUGGGAUUAGUGAUCAGUGCAGUUAUUUUUGGAACUCAAUUCUGUGUGCCAAUAGAGUAAUGUAGAGAGCGGGAGAAACAGGUGUUCUACCUCUCAGAGACUUUUUGUAUUGUCCAAGUGAACUGUUUAAUUUUUCUUCCAAAACAGUACCUCGGAAGCAAACUGUAAAAGGCCUGUCUUAACUCUGCACUCACACGGGUGCUGAAGGAAAUGGCUGAGCUUCUGCCCUCUGGAGAAUAUGAACAGGGUGGUUUAACACCCAUGCCUCAGUUGUACAAAUCCCAGGAGUUGUGGCCAAUCAAGACGAUGCUACCAGGUUCCCCUCCUUGUAGUUCUAGUAACCUGGCUUCUGAGGGGGCAGGGGCAGGGCAAAUACCUUGGGUUUCUUACAGGACCUGCAGGUGCCCCAUGUAGGAAAUGGCCGUGUCUGCUCCUGUGCUCUCCCUAGCGGGUUGUUUUGUGUGAAAUCCUUUGUCAGUGCAGAUGCUAAUUGGGCUCUGAGCUGGUAGUGAAGGCAGAAGAAACACUGAAGGUUAUGGCUCUGGCUUAAUUUUAACUGCCAAUGGCUUGGUUUUUGCCCAGUGGAUAACAUUUACAAUUGUUCCCAGCAGUCUCUUUAUUUUCAAGCAAGAUCCACACUAUGAAUAGCAAUGAGUAGGGGUAUCUCUUAAGCUCUCCAGUUGGCCUACAGCCGUUCUAGCUCACCCCUUUGACAUUGCUGUUGUGUGAAGCACUAUGUUAAGAAUCUGUGGUGUUAACAGUUUGUGCAUGGACAGAGGAAGCUGCUACACUGGAAAUGUUUUGGGCGACCGGCAUCUUGAGAACUUGGUGAUUGCCCUGAUUUCUCCAAUCUUUCUGUUCCUCAUUUUGGCACAUACUAUAUUAUUGGACUUGGUGAGAAAUAAAGAUUUUAAAUAAAUUUCUUAAUGUUGUUUUAAA